AUGGUGGUAACAGCUGGAGAGACGGAAAAGGCUUUUUCAGAGGAUUUGAAUGUGCUAGAAAAUGUUGCCGAUGCAAAAUUACCAGUGAUAGGAUUCGAACUUGUAACACCUACGCGUGGCGGGAAGAAGUUCGGCUGGAACUGUAAAGACAAAUGUUUCUCUUUAGAGAUGCGAUUGGAGGACACGGUGCAUCGCGAUUAUAUGCCUAAUGCCAGUGAUGCAACAAAAUUUCUCAAAGAUUUGACAUUGGGAGCUGGCGCGGCGGUAAUAGCUAAAACGAUUAUUGCUCCCAUCGAGCGAGUUAAAUUAAUCCUACAGCUGCAAAACGCCCAGGAAACUAUUGCAGUUGGGAAACGUUAUAAAGGUAUGCUUGAUUGCUUCGCGCGAAUACCGAUUGAACAAGGUUUUCUGUCCUUUUGGCGUGGGAAUUUGGUCAAUAUUUCUCGAGCUUGUUCACAGGAAUCCUUUGGAUUUGCUUUCAAGGAUUUCUUCAAAAUUUGGUUUCUUAAUGGUGUAGAUGGUAAAAAGGACUACUGGCGCCUUACAGCAGGUAAUCUCGGUGCUGGUGCUGCGUCCGGUGUUGCAACGUACUGCAUAAUCUAUCCAUUAGAUUUCGUGAGGACACGAUUAGCUAUUGAUAUGGGUAAAGGAGCAUCUCGAGAAUUCUCAGGUUUUUUCGACUGCAUGCAUAAGAUAUUCAAGCAUGAUGGUUUGCGUGGAUUGUAUUAUGGUUUUUGGCCGUCACUUCAGUACAUUUUUUUGUACCGUGGAGCAUAUUAUGGUCUUUUUGAUACAGCGAAAACGCAGUUGACUAAACAUGGCAACAAUGAUAUCAGUUUCAUUUGUGCUUUUUUAAUUGGCCAGGUGGUAACGUUCACCGCAGCUUUAAUUUCUUACCCACUGGAUACGAUACGUAGGCGUUUUAUGAUGCAGGCUGGUCGUAGUGAUAUACUUUAUCGAGGAGUAUGGCAUUGUACCAUGAAGAUAUGGUAUGAGGAAGGCCUCAAGGCUUACUUCAACGGUUUAUGGGUGAAUACGGUACGUGGUAUUGGUGCUGCUCUCGUUUUGGCCUUUUACAACGAAUUCUCGAAGUAUUUGUAA